GCUGUCAAUAAUUAUCUAACCUUGUAUUAUUGAAUCAUGUUCCAUUCCUAGUGUAAAUGUGAGCUUUUGAAAAUGGCUGCUGAAAUAAAACCAGCCCAACGGAACGGCCAUGAACGAUUUAGUUCCAUAAGGAAGUUAGAGUUGGUUAAUAAAUUGGAGGGAAGUUGUGAUGAUAUUAAUGCGGCAAUUUUCAUCCCUGGCGAGAAUGGUGUGAUAAGUGUAUCCGAUGACAAAACCAUACGCGUGUGGCUGAAGAGGGACUCUGGUCAAUACUGGCCCAGCAUAUGUCAAUAUAUGCCCUCAGGUUGUUCUUGCAUCUGUUAUAAUGAAAAUGCAAGGCAAUUAUAUGUUGGCCAGGACAAUGGCACAGUUACGCAGUACUUUUUUUCCGAUGACUGCAACAGGCUCUCAUUUGUUCGAGAUUUUUUAGCACAUCAAGGUCGAGUAAUGGGAAUUGUAGUUGCCAACACGCUUCAAUGGGUGCUUUCAUGUGGAAAGGACAAACUCUUCGCUUUUUAUUCAACGGAAACUGGGAACCGAUUGGGUAGUUUUAGCUUUGAGACACCUUGUACUUCAUUACAAUUUGAUACUAUGGCAAAAUAUGCUUUUGUGGGUGACAAUAGCGGACUAAUUACAAUGUUAAGGUGUGACACGCCAAAUGUUCAAUUUGUCAACACAUUCAAAGGACAUACAACAAGCAUUCGAUGUUUAAAAUGGGUCGAAGAACAUCAGUUGCUUUUUAGCGGAUCUUGUGAUCAAACGGUUUUUGUUUGGGAUGUUGGUGGUAAACGUGGCACUAUCUAUGAGUUGCAGGGGCACAAUAAUAAGGUUUCUUCGCUUGCUUAUGCCAAUAGCACCCAACAGCUGUUGAGUGGCGGAGAAGACUCUGUUGUUGUCUUGUGGAAGAUGAACGCCAUGCGAAAAGAAGUCCCUGGAUGGGUGGAUAAUAGCAGUUGCCAGCUAUGUCAACGUCCUUUUUUUUGGAAUUUCCGUGCAAUGGUGGACCAAAAACAAAUUGGUAAUUAUUCCAUUUCUUCCUGCAGGUAAAGUACUAUUGACAUUUGUACACAAGCGAAACAAAAAAUAAAUAAAAUAAAAAAAGCUUAA